AUGUACACCAACGCCCUUACUGCAUUUGCGCUCUUCGGCAGCCUUGCCAGCGCCCUGCCCGCAGCUAAUCUGAGCGCGCGCCAAAACAAGCCCUGCUUCGUCAUCGGCAACCAGCAGCUCCCUGCCGAGACGAGCGCAGUCGUGGACCAAAUCCAAGGCAGCGUCACGUGCAACGCCAACGCCAAAACAAUCGACAACAUCCCCGACGUAACCUCUGGCGGCCAAACCUUUUCCCAAAUCAACUUUGCCUCCUCAGGCCAGGGCCCCCUCGCCUUCUCCCUCGGCCUCUUCGAAACCGCAACGCCCCUUGCAGAAUCCAACCUCGAGGCUUUCCAAGACGCCCUCAACGUUUACCACGCCACCGAAGCCGGUCUGCGCAGCGAGGGCAGCGCCCAAGUCAACUCCAUCAAGGUCCCCAAGUUCUUCCUCCAAAUGCAGAUUUCGAGGAUCGAAACUGCGCUCGGUAGGGCGCCUACUGCUCCCGGUCUCCAGGUUGACCACUUGAGGGAUAAGAUCAACGAGGCUGCCGGACGCGAGAGCCAGGAUCUUAAGGAUAAGGUUACGCAGUUGGCGACACAGUUGCAGUAA